AUGAAGGCCGGCCGCCCUGUGACAGCGGGCUCGCCCGGGCCGAAAGCGGCGUCUCUGGCGCGUCGACGUUCGGGUGUCGCGGGGUGUUUUUCUCGCGCGAGCGCCGCGUUCAAGCGUCUCCGCCGAUACUUGACAGUGUCGUCGCUCUCUCUCGUCGUUCUCCUCUUUGCGCUCUGCUACUACGUCGUGCAAAGGCGCCUCCUGAGUGCGUCGCAUCUGAGUUUCGUGGCGGAGGGCCCCGGUAUGCACCCGGGCUUCAACGUCCCGUCUCGCUUCUUCUCGCUCUCGCUCCACUCCGACAAAGGUGCGUUGACGGAGGGAGAGAAACAGGCUCUUUCCUCCGAGUUCAGCGUGUCCUGGUCGACUACGCCGCGCCUUCCCGGAGGCGCGAAGCUGAGCUCGCAAGUGGUCAGUCGACAAGAUGGAACUUUCCUCUUCCGCUUCUCGCUCCACGACGCCAUUCCCGCGGGGCACACGCUCAGCGGAAAGGUUCUCUACGCUGGCAAAAAGCCAGACAGAAGCAUCGUUGAGCCGUUCGUCUUCAAGAUGGAAGGCCCCAUCCACCCGGCAACUUGCAGAUGCCCGGAAAACGCAGACGCCUGGAAGCAGGCACUCAGCUGUCCUCGCACCCUGCCCCGCCAACUGGAACGGGAUAUCUCGAAAUUCCCCGUCGUCGACUUGGCACGUCUGAGAAAGGACGGCCCGGCGUUCGCGGCGCCCAAUACCCUGCGGACAGUGGUUCACUACGUGGUCAAGGAUAACCAAAUUUUCCGUCGGCACUUUGGGCCUCUCCCGGGUUUCCAGUACUUCAUCGACAACGUCUUGCUUUACCUCGCUGCAGCUGUCAAGCUUCCGGAUGUUGAGUUUUUCAUGAACUUGGGCGACUGGCCUCUGGAGAAACGCAAUGCAGACGAAGGCGGUUUGCCGCUCUUCUCCUGGUCGGGCUCCGACGACACCUUCGACAUCAUUCUUCCUCAGUGGGAUGUCGCCAAGACUAGCACCGUGGGUCUCGGCAAGUCGCAACCCGAUCUCCUCACGAUUCAGGCGCGAUCGGGAGAACCUCUGGCGAAGCGCAUUCCGAAGGCUCUCUUCCGCGGCAGAGACAGCAACUCGCUGCGCGUGAAACUCGCGGAACUCGCCCAGAAGCACGACAUUCUCGACGUGGCAAUCACCAGUUGGGAAAACGACACGUACGCCGAGCAGGAGAAGAAACUUGGAGGCGGCUACAAAUCCCGAAUUCCUCUCGAGAAGUUCGGCGAGUACAAAUACCAACUCCUCGUCGACGGAAGCGUCGCACCCUUCCGGACGCCCUACCUCCUCAUGACUGGAAGUCUCCCGUUGAAGCACGAGUCGCGGUACUACGAGUGGUUCUACGGGGACCUAAAGGCUGGCGUCCACUACCUUCCCUUCAAGAACGAUCUUUCCGAUCUCGUGGACCAGCUGAAGUGGGCGGAGGAGCACCCUGUCGAGGCUCAAGCCAUCGCCGACCGGGCUCGCCAGUACGCCCAAGAGCACUUGGUUCCGAACAAGAUUUUCUGCUACUACUUCCAAGCUCUCGAGGUGUACGCGUCUCGACAGAAAGGCACGCCGACAGUCGCCGACGACAUGGUGAAAGUCGAUCCCACGACGGCUCCGCCGCGGUGCGCGUGCGAGGCAGAGCCGCGGAAAGACGCAAACCGUCCUUAUCCGCUCGUUCAGCUCUACUCCGGAAACAUCGCGAACGUCCUCGAAAAGGAAAAGGUCGUUGUGAUUGCCUCGUACUCCUCCUUCUGCAACAAGAGUUCCUCGUUCCUACCUAAAUUCCUCAAGGCGGCCCGGGCGUUCGCCGACAAGAAGGCGCCUGUCACGUUCGCCCUGGCCGACGGUCUCACGAACCGGUACCCAGAGCCCUUCGACUUCUGCAACUACAAAUCUCAGCCGCGAGUUCUCGUUCUGCCGCCGGGACACGACCGAGAGAAAGUUCAAGUCAUGGAGGACGCCCUCACCGUGUACAACACGGUGGAAUUCGUCGCCAAGCACGUAGCUGCGGAGUUCCGGCCCACGGUCCCCGAAGAUCUGGCUGAAGUCAUGUCCCAGGCAGUCCCUGAAGACAACUCGAAACCGGUCAAAGUUGUCGUCGGGAACACCUUCGACAGCAUCGUCUUCAACGAAGAAAAGGACGUUCUCUUGGAGAUCUACGCGCCGUGGUGCGGACACUGCAAGAACCUGAAGCCGACCUACGAAGAGUUUGCUCGUCUCGCCUCGCUCUCUCCGUCUGCAAAGUCUCUCGUAGUGGCGAAGAUGGACGGGACGGAGAACUCAACCCGACACAAGGCGUUUUCCUGGUCGGCCUAUCCCACCAUUUUGUUCAUCAAGGCCGGGUCUCGAACGCCCAUUCCCUUCUCAGGUCCCCGCACGCUCCGAGGGUUCUACGACUUCAUUGUGAAGCACGGGAGCAACCCCGCGCUCGACAUCGCUGGCAUUCCGCCGCCAGAGGUGGAUGUCUUCUCCGGCCCUAGUGCGGCCACAGUCGUGAACGCCGCGAACUUUGACAAAAUCGUCAACGGGGACAAGGAUGUUCUCCUCGAGGUGUACGCCCCGUGGUGUGGGCACUGCAAGCGCCUGCAGCCCGUGUACGAGGCGUUCGCCACCGCCGCAGCAAAAUCCCCGAGCGCCCGCGCACACCUUGUCGUCGCCAAGAUGGACGGCACCGAAACCCGACCCUCCCAGGAUGACUUCAAGAUCACCGGCUUCCCCACCAUUUGGUUCAUCAAGAAGGGAAGCGGCAAGCCCAUCAAACAUACCGGGGGCCGAUCGGCAAGGGACCUGCUGAAGUUUGUGCAGGAACAUGCCACGUCGAAGAUCGAGGUCGAAUUGCCGCCAGAGGAGCCACCGAAGCCUUUGUCCCAGUCAGUGCCUACCGAUAACAGUGGCCCAGUGAAGGUCAUUGUGAGGAACACUUUCGAGAAGGAGGUGUUGCAGAGCGACAAGGACGUGUUGCUGGAGGUGUACGCCCCGUGGUGCGGCCACUGCAAGAAGCUCGAGCCUGUGUAUGAGGCAUUCGCGCGAGAAGCUGCAAAAUCGGCAACUGCCGCGAAGAAUCUGGUUGUAGCGAAGAUGGACGGGACUCAAAACACGCUAGACAACCCCGAGUUCAAAUGGACAGGCUUCCCCACCAUUUGGUUCAUCAAGAAGGGAAGCGGCAAGCCCAUCAAACAUAGCGGGGGCCGAUCGGCAAGGGACCUGCUGAAGUUUGUGCAGGAACAUGCCACGUCGAAGAUCGAGGUCGAAUUGCCGCCAGAGGAGCCACCGAAGCCUUUGUCCCAGUCAGUGCCGACCGAUAACAGUGGCCCAGUGAAGGUCAUUGUGAGGAACACUUUCGAGAAGGAGGUGUUGCAGAGCGACAAGGACGUGUUGCUGAAGGUGUACGCCCCGUGGUGCGGCCACUGCAAGAAGCUCGAGCCUGUGUAUGAGGCAUUUGCGCGAGAAGCUGCAAAAUCGGCAACUGCUGCGAAGAAUCUGGUUGUCGCGAAGAUGGACGGGACUCAAAACACGCUAGACAACCCCGAGUUCAAAUGGACAGGCUUCCCCACCAUUUGGUUCAUCAAGAAGGGAAGCGGCAAGCCCAUCAAACAUACCGGGGGCCGAUCGGCAAGGGACCUGCUGAAGUUUGUGCAGGAACAUGCCACGUCGAAGAUCGAGGUCGAAUUGCCGCCAGAGGAGCCACCGAAGCCUUUGUCCCAGUCAGUGCCUACCGAUAACAGUGGCCCAGUGAAGGUCAUUGUGAGGAACACUUUCGAGAAGGAGGUGUUGCAGAGCGACAAGGACGUGUUGCUGGAGGUGUACGCCCCGUGGUGCGGCCACUGCAAGAAGCUCGAGCCUGUGUAUGAGGCAUUCGCGCGAGAAGCUGCAAAAUCGGCAACUGCUGCGAAGAAUCUGGUUGUCGCGAAGAUGGACGGGACUCAAAACAUGCUAGACAACCCCGAGUUCAAAUGGACAGGCUUCCCCACCAUUUGGUUCAUCAAGAAGGGAAGCGGCAAGCCCAUCAAACAUACCGGGGGCCGAUCGGCAAGGGACCUGCUGAAGUUUGUGCAGGAACAUGCCACGUCGAAGAUCGAGGUCGAAUUGCCGCCAGAGGAGCCACCGAAGCCUUUGUCCCAGUCAGUGCCUACCGAUAACAGUGGCCCAGUGAAGGUCAUUGUGAGGAACACUUUCGAGAAGGAGGUGUUGCAGAGCGACAAGGUGUACGCCCCGUGGUGCGGCCACUGCAAGAAGCUCGAGCCUGUGUAUGAGGCAUUUGCGCGAGAAGCUGCAAAAUCGGCAACUGCCGCGAAGAAUCUGGUUGUCGCGAAGAUGGACGGGACUCAAAACACGCUAGACAACCCCGAGUUCAAAUGGACAGGCUUCCCCACCAUUUGGUUCAUCAAGAAGGGAAGCGGCAAGCCCAUCAAACAUACCGGGGGCCGAUCGGCAAGGGACCUGCUGAAGUUUGUGCAGGAACAUGCCACGUCGAAGAUCGAGGUCGAAUUGCCGCCAGCGGAGCCACCGAAGCCUUUGUCCCAGUCAGUGCCGACCGAUAACAGUGGCCCAGUGAAGGUCAUUGUGAGGAACACUUUCGAGAAGGAGGUGUUGCAGAGCGACAAGGUGUACGCCCCGUGGUGCGGCCACUGCAAGAAGCUCGAGCCUGUGUAUGAGGCAUUUGCGCGAGAAGCUGCAAAAUCGGCAACUGCUGCGAAGAAUCUGGUUGUCGCGAAGAUGGACGGGACUCAAAACACGCUAGACAACCCCGAGUUCAAAUGGACAGGCUUCCCCACCAUUUGGUUCAUCAAGAAGGGAAGCGGCAAGCCCAUCAAACAUACCGGGGGCCGAUCGGCAAGGGACCUGCUGAAGUUUGUGCAGGAACAUGCCACGUCGAAGAUCGAGGUCGAAUUGCCGCCAGAGGAGCCACCGAAGCCUUUGUCCCAGUCAGUGCCGACCGAUAACAGUGGCCCAGUGAAGGUCAUUGUGAGGAACACUUUCGAGAAGGAGGUGUUGCAGAGCGACAAGGUGUACGCCCCGUGGUGCGGCCACUGCAAGAAGCUCGAGCCUGUGUAUGAGGCAUUUGCGCGAGAAGCUGCAAAAUCGGCAACUGCUGCGAAGAAUCUGGUUGUCGCGAAGAUGGACGGGACUCAAAACACGCUAGACAACCCCGAGUUCAAAUGGACAGGCUUCCCCACCAUUUGGUUCAUCAAGAAGGGAAGCGGCAAGCCCAUCAAACAUACCGGGGGCCGAUCGGCAAGGGACCUGCUGAAGUUUGUGCAGGAACAUGCCACGUCGAAGAUCGAGGUCGAAUUGCCGCCAGAGGAGCCACCGAAGCCUUUGUCCCAGUCAGUGCCUACCGAUAACAGUGGCCCAGUGAAGGUCAUUGUGAGGAACACUUUCGAGAAGGAGGUGUUGCAGAGCGACAAGGACGUGUUGCUGGAGGUGUACGCCCCGUGGUGCGGCCACUGCAAGAAGCUCGAGCCUGUGUAUGAGGCAUUUGCGCGAGAAGCUGCAAAAUCGGCAACUGCUGCGAAGAAUCUGGUUGUAGCGAAGAUGGACGGGACUCAAAACACGCUAGACAACCCCGAGUUCAAAUGGACAGGCUUCCCCACCAUUUGGUUGGUGAGGAAAGGCAGCGGAAAACCCAUUGAAUUCAAUGGUGUUCGAACAGUUGAUGGGUUGCGGGAGUUCGUUGUGGAGCAUGCUAGCGUGAGUGGAAUGUUUGAUUCCACGCGUGAUGAACUAUGA